AUGAUUUUAUCACGAGAGGGCAACGAGAGUGUUCACAUCGCUCUCUCUCUCUCUCUCUCACUCUCUCUCUCUCUUUCUCUGUCCUGCCCAGCUAACUAUCCCAUUCUGUUUCUUUCAUCUUUAUUUAUUUCCUUUUUGUUUAUUUGUUUGUUUGUUUCUUUCUUUCUUUCUCAUUCUUUUUAUUUCUUUCCUCUUUCUUUCAUUCUUUCUUUCUUUCAUUCUUUCUUUCUUUCAUUCUUUCUUUCUUUCAUUCUUUCUUUCAUAUAUCUAUCUAUCUAUCUAUCUAUCUAUCUAUCUAUCGAUCUCAUUCUGUUUUCUUUCUUUCGUCUUUCCUUAUAUGUUUUUUUCUUUAUUUCUAUCUCAUUCUUUUUUCUUUCUUUCUUUCCUUCUUUUUUUCUAUCUUUUAAGUUUUCUUUCUUUUUUUCUCUCUUUCGCUCUUUCUAUCUUAUAAGUUUUCUUUCUUUUUUUCUCUCUUUCGCUUUUUCUUUCUUUCUUUCUAUCUAUCUAUCUAUCUAUCAAUCUAUCUAUCUAUCUCAUUCUCUUUUCUUUCUUUUGUCUUUCCUUAUUUCUGUGUUUCCUUCUUUCUGUCUUUCUUUGUUUCUUUCUGUCUUUCUUUCUAUUCUGCAUGUACCGGUUGUGAAUUCUCUUCUAUUUAAUUUUGCAUUAUCAUAUUCAACAAGUUAA